CUCCAAAGUUGAAGCUCUCUACGAACUCUGCCAAAACAUGUUCACGCCAUCAGGGUCUCCUCCCCCUUCUUCUGCAGCAAUCAACAAGCUUUUUCUGUUUUGGGCACAAUGUCUCCGGCUGAUGUUGGGCUUAAAGAGGAAAAUCUGGAUGAUGAUCGAGACCAUGGAUAUUUUUGGACUUGACCAACUAAAUAGAGUUGCUCGAUGGGCUCAACCAAUAACAUACUUGGAUAUAUAUAUGAAUGUGAUAGUUUUACGGCAAGCAUUUAGUAAAGAAGAAGAAUACUUUUACAAUGUGUAUAUUCGGUUUUCCUACUUUCUCAGUCAUUCCACUUCUUGACCAUCCUGGGAUGACUGUUUUUAACAAAGUUCUCUAUGGCUCUUUGCAUGUGAGAGCUUAUGAUUGGGUCGAGCCUCCCAGGAAAGCAAGGAACCAAAUUACUUUCCAGUAAGAUUGGCAAAGUUGGCAGUUGACAAGGUUUUAACAACACCAUGUGGGACAUCAAUUUUGUAUCCAAGGAAUGGGGGGAGUCUGCAUUAUUUUACUGGUCACUCCUUGUGCUGUUCUUGACAUUCUCACACCCUCUUACAGAGAAGAUGCAGGCAGAAAAUAUACCUACUACCGCAAUUACCCGUAUACUGUCUUUGAAGAAGAAUGUUUGGCAAAGAAGAAGAAGAAGAAGACUAGAAGUCAUGGGAAAAGCUGACGAAAACGAAGAUGAAGUCAUGCUUGAAGAAGAUAACGACGUGGAGGAAACCAUUCACGGCGACGACGAGGAAGACGAUGAAGACGAAGAGCUAGAUGAAUAUGAGAAGGACGAUUUUAUAGUAGAUGAUGUUGAUGAUGAACAAGAAGACCCGGAGGAGGAGGAGGAGGAAGAAGACAGAGCGGACAGUGAUGAAGAAGAAAGGCAGAAGAAGAAGAAAAGAAAGAAAAGGGAGGAGUAUGUCCUUGACGAAGAUGACUAUGAGCUCUUGGAGGACAAUAAUGUGUUUGCCCCCCGCAGGAAGGGGAAAUUUAAGCGGCUGAAAAAAGCUCAGAGGCAUAAUGAAAGGGAUCUUGGUGUAUCUGAUGAGGAGGAGUUUGAUGGCAAUGGUAAAAGUGGAAGAAGUGCAGAGGAGAAGCUUAAGCGCUCCUUAUUUGGUGAUGAUGAAGGUCUUCCACUUGAGGACAUUGCUGAAGAGGAGGAACCUGCAGAAGAGGAAGAUGAUAGAGAAGUUGAUGAAGAGGAUGAAAUGGCAGACUUUAUAGUCGAUGAAGAAUUUGAUGCGACUGGAGUUCCAGUGAGACAGAAGAAGCUUAAGAGAAAAAAAUUUAGGGAGGCACCAGGAGUAUCAUCCUCUUCUUUGCAUGAAGCACAUGAAAUAUUUGGUGAUGUUGAUGAGUUACUGCAGCUCCGCAAGCAAGGUUCAGAUUCCAAUGAGUGUAGGGAUAGGAAACUUGAAGAUGAAUUUGAACCAAGUGUUCUUUCUGAAAAGUAUAUGACAGAGAAGGAUGACCAGAUUCGGGAGCUUGAUAUUCCGGAAAGAAUUCAGAUAUAUGAGGAAAGCACCGGAUCUCCUCCACUGGAUGAAAUUAGCAUAGAAGAUGAGAGUACCUGGAUAUAUAAUCAACUUACAAGUGGUACAAUACCUUUGUAUGGCAAGGAAGGCUUGGGGAGUUCUAUAAGCAGGGGUGACAUCAACAAAUUUUUGGAAUUGCACCACAAGUUCAAGCUGGAGAUUCCCUGUAUUGCUAUGUAUCGGAAAGAAUGCCUAAGCUUUUUGAAAGAUGAAAAUCAGGAUCAAAAUGAGAAACCACCCAAGAUAAAGUGGCACAAGGAACUUUGGACAAUUCAGGACUUGGACAGAAAAUGGCUGCUACUUCAGAAGCGAAAAAGUGCUUUGCAAUCUUACUAUAAACGAUUUAAAUGCACUGUGAACCAUCAGCUUUUGGAAUCAGUUAUAACGUCGCUCGAGGCUUCUGAAUCCGAGAGAGAAGUUGAUGAUGCUGACGCUAAGUUUAACUUGCAUUUCCCUCUGGGUGAGAUAGGUGCAGAUGAGGGACAAUAUAAGAAGCCCAAGAGGAAAUCACUUUAUAGUAUCUGCAGCAAGGCUGGCCUGUGGGAGGUUGCAAACAAGUUUGGUUACAGCUCUGAGGAGUUCGGAAUGCAAUUAUCACUAGAAAAAAUGAGAAGGGAUGUGGGGGAUGAGUUGGAGAAUCCUAAGGAGACACCAGAGGAGAUGGCUUCAAACUUUACGUGUGCAAUGUUUGAGACACCUGAAGCUGUGCUCAAAGGAGCUAGGCAUAUGGCAGUGGUUGAGAUAAGUUGCGAGCCAUGUGUCAGGAAGUAUGUUCGAAACAACUACUUGGAUUCUAUUGAGGUAUCUACAAGCCCAACACCUGAUGGAAAUAUUGCAAUAGAUGGUUCUCAUCAGUUUGCGGGGGUGAAGUGGUUGCAAAGAAAGCCAUUGAAUAGAUUUGAGGGUGCACAGUGGCUGCUUAUCCAGAAGGCUGAAGAGGAGAAGCUUCUUGAAGUUACUCUUAAGCUGCCAGAAGACAGACUAAACAAGUUGAUAAGCGACUUUAAUGAGUAUUAUCUUAGUGAUGAUGUUAGUAAAUCUGCACAAGUGUGGAAUGAGCAGCGGAAGUUGAUACUGCGGGAUGCCAUUUUUAAUUUUCUUCUACCUGCAAUUGAAAAAGAAGCAAGAUCCUUGUUGACUAGUAGAGCAAAAAACUGGUUACGAGUGGAAUAUGGAAAGGUUUUGUGGAAUAAAGUAUCCGUGGGGCCUUAUCACCGGAAGGAAAACGAUAGUAGCUCAGACGGUGAAGCUGCACCCCGGGUCAUGGCUUGCUGUUGGGGCCCUGGGAGGCCAGCUACCACUUUUGUGAUGUUAGAUUCAUCUGGAGAGGUGGUAGAUGUACUUUACGCUGGGUCCCUCACUUUACAUUCCCAUGAUGUCAAUGAUCAGAAACUUAAGAAAAAUGAUGAAGAACGCGUUUUGAAGUUCAUGAUUGAUCACCAACCACAUGUCACCAUCCUAGGAUGUGUUAACUUGUCUUGUACUCGCCUGAAAGAAGUUAUCCAUGAGAUAUAUAAUAAGAUGAUAGUUGAGCAUCCAAGAGAUGUCGGGUAUGAUAUGGAUGACCUAAGCAUUGUAUAUGGGGAUGAAUCUUUGGCUUGCCUAUAUGAAAAUUCUCGGAUUUCAUCUGAUCAGCUACAUGUGCAAUCAGGCAUUGUCAAGAGGGCUGUGGCUCUUGGGCGUUAUCUUCAAAAUCCAUUAGCAAUGGUUGCCACACUUUGUGGACCAGGAAGAGAAAUCUUAUCUUGGAAACUCAAUGCUUUUGAGCACUUUCUCACCCCAGAUGAGAAGUAUGCAAUGGUUGAACAAGUCAUGGUAGAUGUUACAAACCAGGUAGGCCUCGACGUGAAUUUGGCUGCAAGCCAUGAAUGGUUAUUUGCACCUUUGCAAUUCAUUUCUGGGCUUGGACCUCGAAAGGCAGCCUCUUUGCAGAGGUCAUUGGUAAGAUCUGGUGCAAUAUUUAGUCGAAAGGACUUUUUGACAGAACAAGGGCUUGGUUUAAAGGUGUUUGUUAAUGCUAGUGGUUUCCUGCGUGUUCGGCGGAGUGGGUUGGCUGCUAGCAGCAACCAAUUCAUUGAUCUAUUGGAUGAUACGAGAAUUCAUCCAACAGAAUCUUAUAGUCGUGCACAAGAAUUGGCAAAAGAUGUUUAUGAUCAGGAAGGUGGCAAUGACGAUGAUGAGGAUGCUAUGGAGAUGGCUAUAGAGCAUGUCCGGGGUCAUCCUAAAUAUCUGAAAGGCCUCGAUAUUCAAUCAUACGCUAAAAGCAAAAAGCAUGAGGAUAAGGAAAAUACAUUGUGGGAUAUAAAGAGAGAAUUAAUACAUGGUUUUCAGGAUUGGCGUAAAAAAUAUGAAGAACCAAGCCAGGAUGAAGAGUUCUAUAUGAUAUCAGGUGAAACUGAGGAUACCCUUGCUGCAGGAAGAAUUGUGCAAGCCACAGUUCGAAGGGUGCAAGCUGAACAGGCACAACUUGCUCUUGAAUCUGGAUUGACUGGUAUGCUUCUGAAAGAAGACUAUUAUCCAGGUGAUUGGAGGGAUGUUUCUGACUUAUCUGACAAACUGCAUGUGGGUGACAUUCUCACUUGCAAGAUCAAAUCUGUUCAAAAGAAUUGGUAUCGGGUAUUACUUGUUUGCAGUGAGAGUGAGAUUAGAAAUGACUGCUCUCAGAACAUUCAGAAUCUUGAUACUUAUUACCAUAAAGACUGGAGAAGUCUACAGAGUGAGCAAGAAAAAUCUCAAAAGGGAAAGCAGCUUGCGAAGAAGAAUUUCAAGCCAAGGAUGAUUGUUCAUCCUCGCUUCCAGAAUAUAUAUGCAGAUGAAGCAAUGGAGUUAUUGUCUGCAAAGGAUGCUGGGGAAAGUAUUUUUCGUCCUAGUUCUCGAGGGCCUUCGCAUUUAACCUUAACUCUCAAGGUUUAUGAUGGGGUUUACGCUCACAAAGACAUAGUUGAAGGUGGAAAGGAGCCUAAGGACGUUACAAGCUUACUCCGUAUUGGGAAGACCCUGACGAUUGGUGAGGACACUUUUGAGGAUUUGGAUGAGGUGAUGGAUCGUUACGUUGAUCUGUUGGUGGCUCACUUGAAGGCAAUGCUAAACUAUCGCAAGUUCAGGAGGGGAACAAAAGCAGAAGUUGAUGAACUUUUGUGGCUUGAGAAAUUGGAGUAUCCUAUGAGGAUAGCUUAUUGUUUCGGGAUAUCGCAUGAACAUCCAGGCACUAUCAUCCUGACCUAUAUCCGGAGUGCAAAUCCGCACCAUGAGUAUGUUGGUGUUUAUCCCAAGGGGUUCAAGUUCAGAAAAAGAAUGUUUGAGGACAUCGAUCGGCUUGUAGCAUAUUUCCAGCGCCAUAUUGAUGACACUCGGCUUGAGUCAGGACCAUCCAUUAGAUCAGUUGCUGCUAUGGUGCCAAUGCGAAGCCCAGCAACUGGGGGUUCUUCAGGGGCAUCUCUGGGCAGUGGUUGGGAUGGUUCAACCAAUGAGGGUGGUUGGAGAGGCCAGUCUUGAGACAAGGAUCUAUUAUCUACACCGAGUUCACGAACAGGCCGAAAUGGUGGCAGUCGAGAUGGACAUCCAAGUGGCUUACCUAGACCAUAUGGUGGCCGUCACGGUGGCCAUGGCGGAGCAAGUUGUGAUGCAUAUGCUGCUGCUGCUGAUGAUCACUUCAGGCUGGGCUUCUGACCCAAAAAGAAGAAGGUUCAGAUAAUGGGCUUUGGGAAUGGGGUUCUGAGCCCAAAAUAAGUACAGUUUCAAUAUGGCUGAGAGCGCGGCGGCGAUGGGGAUGACAAUCCUAUCAUAGCAGUACAUAUGCCGUAAAUUAAUGUCUCAACAAGCAAUUCUCAGUUAAAUUUUGUACUCAUCUUUUUCCAUCCAAAUAUACGAAAGGGUGUAUCUUUCUUAUGCUGCCGUGAGUUUUUUGGGCUUGUAGCUUUUGCGGCCCUCUACGCUCUUAGUCCUCUAUUUCGAUCCAAAACUAAAAAACUAAUAUAGUGAAAUGUAAACUUUUUAUUUAUUUAUUUAUUUGGUAAGUAAAUAAAUUGAAAUGAAUGUGAACCUUAUUCAUAGGCUCGAUUAAUUAGUAUUUAAACCUAUUCUUUUAUUUUAUUUUUCAUUAUUUUUCUUUUAAGUCUUUUAUUGCCCUUGACAUAAGCAAUCUUUACUGUAAUAGGACUACAAUCAGAUCCUUGAUAGUAUAGGAAAAGGAAUAUUUAAUCCUUGAUAGUAUAGGAAA